AUGUGACAGCUGUGGGCGAAUGAAAAUAAUGAUAAGCCAAGUCGGACGAGAGCUCUACAAGGUGCCGCUCCGCAUUCUAGACCAUCGCGUGUUCGUAAACGGCGAGAUCGAGGCUUUUCUCGAGAACUUCGAGGUGCGGCGCAACGACAGCGAGGUGGAGAAACUUUUCCAGGUCACCGAGACAGUGGGAUCUCUGAGGUACGAUCUCUCCCGGUGCAGUGCAACCGGCAGCGGUAGCGGUAGCGGAACCGAGAACCUCGCCCAACUGGACACGGAAGUCAACCAUCUGCUGGACGGGGUCAACGCACUCUUAGCGAAAGCGAAGGUGGAACGAACUGCCAGCACCCAGUUGCAGGAAGCGCGACUGGCACGUGAGCAACGCCGGGCGGAGUUCCUAACUAAUUUGGAACACGGCUAUCGCCGCAUCGAGAACUCGUUCGAGGAAAAGGAGGAGGAAAUCGCAGAACUCUACUCGGAUUUGCAACUGAAACUGAACAUUGCCAAGUAGAUACUAUGCUGAAGUCAACGAUUGUGGAUACUCGGGUGCGCCUUGUGCCGUCGAAGAAGCUGUUUGAUUUUCUGGACGCCCAAAAGGAGCACUUCCAGGAGGUGCCCGAAAAUGUGGCAAAGAUUAUGAAACAAAAGGACCACACACUGCCCAUCCAUAUCAAGAUAAUCAAAGAUGUCGGCUUAGUCUACAAACGUCCAAAAAUCGAUUACGAUUUGCUGAAGAAACUUACUGAAAAUCUAGCCGACACAACAAAAGAAUCCACCAAGGAUCAACCGGAACCAGAUUCAGAGGUCAAGGAUAGUGAUGAAGAAGAGUCACCAAAAAAGGUGAAACAUUUCUUGUACUUAAGUGACCUGCACUGGCUCUCAAACAAGCUGGCUGAACUGCGCCGUCAGGAUCACUGCCAAGUCUUUCUGCAUCAGUUGAUUGAGUCCUGUGAUCUGCUUCUACCCGAAAACGAAAUGAAGCCGCGCAAUCCUGAGUUAGAAGCCCGCUGUCAACGCCUUCGUGCAGAGCAGCACAAUCGGGAUUACCUCAAAAUGACCAAAAAUGUGGAUGCCGGCUUAAAGCAUUACCCAGAGGACACAAUCAGCUAUCAGAUCAAGAGCCUUAAUAAGCAAAUCAUUGCCGUGGUGCAGUUCAUCUUCUCCGUGGCCGCUGGCUUUACGUUCGGCUUCUUUGGCGUCAAUUUAAUGGUGGGCCCGUUGCCUUUCGGCUUUCGCAUUUUGCUGGGUGUUAUUGUGGCGCUUAUCAUAGCCCUGGCUGAGAUGUACUUCCUGGCCAAGAAGCUGCACGAGUACGACGAGGUCCUGGACGCUCCCAAACGUAAACCGCAGCCAUCGGCCCCGGCUAAGCGAAAGGCGGACACCCCACCCGCCGAGGGACGUUCAGUCCAGACGGUGAAACCCCAUGCGGACUAGAUAGCUUGGGACUCAGAAUCGUUUUGUCGUUGUAUUAUUUCGCUUUGCAAUGUUAGGUUAUAUAAAUA